UGAUUGUAUUUUCCUGUUAGUUCAAUGUCUAUAUUGUGCGUGCUCACUGAACCAUAAACGGGAGGCUGCGACUGGAAAUACGGUCAACACGUCCCAUAGCCAUGACACGUACAGUUAUGGAGUAGCCUCGUAUACGUUGUACAAUGAGUAACUUUGUAGUUGAGUUUCAAUAAAAUAACACGUUAUCAGUUCAAGAGCAUGUAUACUCAAAACUUUGGAGGUUAAAUGUACGGAGACGAAAAGAGUACUUCUUGGCGUACGUAUAUAGACUGAGAAUUAAACACAAGAGAGACUUUGUUGGAAUGGAGCACCGAUGAUAGAACUGUUUUCACUGAAUGUGGACUUGAUAAAACGAUCAAAACUGUGACAAAAUUGGCACACAGAUCGGAAAUAAUAAGAAGCCAUGUUUUCCCGAGCCGUGAAUGACAUCAACUGGUCGACUGAGUCUUACAGCACGAGUGAUCUGAGGUUCAACUGCCCAGCUCCGCUCCUGGUGAGAGUGACUCAGGGUCACUGCGGGCUGGAAGAUGAAGACUCGCUCAGUCAAGGACAGGUAAUUCGCAUCCAUCGUUGGUUGAAACAGCAGAGAGUGAUCGCUGUUGACUCCAGAGGGCGGUAUCUAAGCAUCCCUCUCGACUUUGACAUCCCGUUUGAAGUUCUCCCCGAGAGAAAAAGAUCACUGUCCAAACGAAAGACCGUUACCAUGGUCUUGUCUGAUUUGAUUCGCCAGUUCGCCCUUCCCAAGAAGGUUCGUUUCUCUUCAAGUCACCUGACCCCAAAUCAGGCUCUGGAGGGCGAUCGUCUUGGGGUCAGGAUGACAAUGGAACCACUUGAAUUGAUAAGAAAACACGAGGAGGUCUAUCUUAGUGGAAACGCCGUCAACUUUGGUGAAUUAGACCCCUCGAUACUGAGUAUCCCUGUGCACCAUGACAUGGAGAUGUCACUGGCUCUAGGUCUGGCAAGUGGGGAGAAGAACUGGAAACGACUCAUGCGAGAACUUGACAACGUGGUGGCCGUGAGAGUGCGAUUUAAAGCCGUCCAGGGAAACCAGAAGAUCACGAUUCAUACCUCAGAGAUGGAAGAUGAAAGUAUCAGUAAAUCAACCAAGACGACACUUGUGGUACAGACAGGACAGCAGACACUGAGCCGAGCUUAUGGCACACUACGGAGAAAAGAGACCGAGAAAGAGACUAGGCGUCGCUCCUACAGUGUAGCCGGGAACGUGGGGUCAUUGUCCCGCAACGUAAAGCCCACGACAGACGUCAGGGGCACAGACCGGCGUUUCUUCAAGCGCAACGAGGCUAGACGCAAACGAGGCGCCGACGCCGUCUCCAUCUCGGGCACCUCGACGUCAGCCACCAGCCUCUCCGAAUCCACGGUGGACGACGUGAGCAGCGUCUUCACUUGGCCCACCAGCGAAGACUCGAAAACCGAAGCCGAUUUUGACGAAGAUGUGAGCGAUAUUACAGACGAGAGUUUUGGUGCAUACCAGCCAAAGGCUCUCUUCGGUACGGCGUCUAGGCUAUUUCGACCGGACUUGUGGAGUCCGGGUGUUAACGACGACCACCCCAGACACACCGGCAGAAGAUGGAGAGACAUCAAAGCAGGUACUGGGAGAAAGCUUAGCACGGCCACAAGCCUCAGCAUGAAUGACAUUGACAGAAUCUUGGGGGACUUACGGCACCUGCCAUCACAGCAUCGGGGUCACCCUGAUGGCAGAUCGGUGCACAGCGGCCAGGAUAUGGAGGAUGACUUGGACGAUGUGGAUCAAUCUACGGACUUGUAAACAUUAAUCUUGAUCGGGAGUCGAACCUCCGACCUCCGGAGCACCGCACCGCGCUCUGAGCAAUCCAAACCUGUGUUUGUAAUCGGGUCUAUGUCACUAUCUGUUGUUGUUGUUGUUGUUGUUGUUGUUGUUGUUGUUGUUGUUGUUGUUGUUGUACAUUUUGUACAUGGGAAUGUUUUCCGGCUUAUCUGAAACAAAAUCAGAGUCUUUUGUGACCCGAGUCGAAGCAAGGUUAACUUCUUCCAAGGCCGUUGAAAAUUCUGAUAAUCUCAAGACUCUUCAUCUGGAAAUUUCACAAAGGAUGACAUUUGAGAAGUAUGAUGGACAGCGCUAAGCGGUUUAAAUUGUUGGCACGUUUGGAAGACCCUUCGAACGGUUUCAAGUUUAGAGCCACGUCACAUGCAUGUUCUGUUUAUUACAGAAGGAUGCUAUAUUGACUUCUGGGAAUCUCUCUAUGUGUUUAGAGGCCCUACAGAAGAUGUUUAAGUGCUACAUUAAUUUACUUAAAAUUAGCUUUCUUAACGACGCGGUUGACAAAAAGCUGAUGUAUUCUGCUUAAACUUAACACUUUAUGUACCUUAAUGGUAGUUGAAAUAUGUCACUGAAAUGUAAAAAAAAUAUUACAAUGAAAUAGCUUUUCAAUAAAACUAUAUCUUGCGCUGUUUAUAUAGCACUUAUAUUUCUUAAAAUAUCACUAUUGCUCUUUCUUUAAACGUUCAUCAAAUGUUCAAACGUAUACCAGUGUGUAAUUUCGUUGAUAUUUGUAGAAUAUUAGAAGAUACAUUAGCUGAAACCUGUAAUGUUUUCUGUUUACUACUGAAAUAUUUUAUACACAGAGAAAUAGUAAUGAACGAGAUCUGCCAACAAGUGACAUGUGAAAAGCAAUUUGUGCUGGGCUAAAAUAAUAAAGCAGACCAGAUUAUGAAAAUUAUAAAGGAGGUGAAAGGCCUAAGACGCAUUUGAGUAGCUGAGUUUUUUAAGUUCAAAAAGGCCGAGUCAAGAAAGAAUGCUGUUUAACGGCGUAAAUUAUAACCCUAUAAGCCGUUUUGGCCAACAUAUAUUACAUUGAUUUUUGUUGUCGUUACCUAAGUAUUUCCUGUAUUCAACAUCUAAAUUAUAUUCUGUAUAUGACAGUAGUUCAGGUGACUGACAUAACACUUGUAAACACAUUCAUUUAGUAUAGGAGACGUAAAAUAAAACAGAUUUUUCCAAACAUGUAUU